GGCCGGGCGGGAUUGGUGAGGGGGGCGACCCCCACAGUGGGGCUGAGCCGGCUGCCGCCGCUCUUUAGAGUAAGACCAUCUGGCAUUGGGGAUGCUGCCAAGGUUAAAGCCUGUCUACUGAGUGACAACGCAACUUAACCCUGAAUGACCAGCAGUGAUAAAAAAUAAAUGGUCGCUAUUCCAGGAGGAGUGUUCACCAUGGGCACUGAUGAGCCUGAAAUACAGCAAGAUGGAGAAUGGCCUGCUAGAAGAGUCCAUGUUACCAGUUUCUACAUGGAUCAGUAUGAGGUCAGCAAUGAGGAAUUCGAGAGAUUUGUGAAUUCUACUGGGUAUGUUACUGAGGCAGAGAAAUUCGGCGAUUCCUUUGUGUUUGAGGGAAUGCUGAGUGAAGAAGUGAAGGCUGACAUCCACCAGGCUGUUGCAGCUGCUCCCUGGUGGUUACCGGUGAAGGGAGCCAACUGGAGGCACCCUGAGGGUCCUGACUCUAGUAUCUCCGACAGAAUGGAUCAUCCAGUUCUUCACGUUUCCUGGAAUGACGCGGUGACAUUCUGCACAUGGGCAGGGAAACGAUUGCCCACUGAGGCUGAAUGGGAAUACAGCUGCCGGGGGGGCCUUGAAAAUAGGCUUUUCCCGUGGGGCAACAAGCUUCAGCCAAAAGGCGACCAUUACGCCAAUAUCUGGCAGGGAGCGUUCCCAACGAACAACACUGCGGAAGAUGGAUACAAAGGAACUGCGCCUGUCACUGCAUUUCCUCCCAACGGCUAUGGCUUGUACAACAUUGUAGGAAACGCCUGGGAAUGGACGUCGGACUGGUGGGCUGUUCAUCAUUCACCAGAUGAAGCUCACAACCCUAUUGUCUGCAGCCACUUGGCUUCUUUCUCUCGGUUUGGAGCUGGGAACGGGGCCUUGUUUUGGGUGACAGAGGUGGUUCCUGCUGCAGGUAGACCGAGGAGCUGCAGCACCCUCCUACCUACCCAGACAAAAUUGUUCAACUUCAUGUGCGAAGGAAAUAGAGUCGAGAAGGGGCCCUCAGCCGGGACGGACAGAGUGAAGAAGGGUGGAUCCUAUAUGUGCCAUAAGUCUUACUGCUACAGGUACCGCUGCGCGGCCCGUAGUCAGAACACCCCCGACAGCUCUGCCUCAAACCUGGGGUUCCGCUGCGCAGCGGACGCUUUGCAGUGACCGAGCGCGCUGGAGGGCGGAAUCUCGCCCAGGGCUGAGGAGACGUGUGGAGUGGCACUUGCUGGUGACACAGAAUCGAGAAGUCUAGUGCUUAGCCUUCCUGCUGAGGGGGAAAAAAAAAAUAAAAUCCAACACUUAACGUUGCUUGAAGAACCUUCGUGGAUUUAUCUUUGGGGAACCUCACCUGGACUCUUAUCCGGAUGAAAGUUUUUGUCUGAAUUCUGUUGGUUUUAGCAAGUCUUGUGGAGUUAACUAGCACAGGACUGAGCAGAAACGUGACGAUUGCGUUUCAAAAGGUUAAGUCUGUUUAAUUAUUCCUUUAGGAAAGUUCUUCAUUGAAUAGUUUUAUUUAUGUAUAUUUUGAAUUUCUACACUCAAAUCCCAUAAACAAAGACUUCAUCAAAUUCCAGACAGCUUUAAAGGCAAAUUGAAGGAGUGAAGGUGAGGACUGGCACAGACCUGUCCCCACGGGCAGUCACUGCAGCCCCUGCAUGACAUUCCUGUUGCAGUGAAGAUCGGGUCCAGAAAUGUGCUUUUUCUGGUGAGAUACUUGCUCCUCUUUAGGAAUUGCUUUUGAGAGAUGAUAAUCCUCAGGGUGAUGAUAAUUAGAAAUGAUGUACAUAUUUGAAUAAAAUUUCAAGCAUUUAUUUAUGCUGAAGACUUUUAUUGAUGGGAAAACACUGGCAGUUACCUUUUGAAUUUAUCUUGCACGUGGUGUAAGCUUAUUUUGGGGACUUGCAAAUUGUAAAAAUGGCAUCAUUAGAAAGUCAAAUUAUUUACUGGAAUAAAAGAUCAUUCCAGUGAAAAGAUGGCAGAUGUAACUGUGAGCUUUAAGGCCUAAUAUGGUAAAUUCUGAAACUGUUUUCUCUGUUUAACCGAAAAAAAAAAAAAAAAAAAACAAAAC